CAGCCCUUCCAUAAAUAAAGGGGUCCUCAGAGUAGAUUUGGCUAACAAAGCCAGGCUCUAAAAUGUCGGGAGAGGUGUAUCUCCUGUGGCUUCUCUCGCUUUUACAAACGCUGUCGGCGUAUGGUGCCGAUCUGUCGUCUGAGGCAUGCAGGGAGCUGGGCUUCUCCAGCAACCUGCUGUGCAGCUCCUGUGACCUGCUCGGGGAGUUCAGCCUCAACAAGCUCCAGCCUGACUGCGGGCAGUGCUGCCAGCAGGAGGCCCAGAUGGAAGCGCGCAAGCUCUACGCCGGGGCCAUCCUUGAGGUGUGUGGAUGAAAACUGGGGAGGUUCCCUCAAGUCCAAGCUUUUGUCAGGAGUGACAAGCCGAAGAUGUUCAAGGGUCUUCAGAUCAAGUACGUGAGAGGCUCAGAUCCUGUACUAAAGCUUUUGGACGAUAACGGGAACAUCGCUGAAGAACUCAGCAUCCUCAAGUGGAACACAGACAGCGUGGAGGAGUUCCUGAGUGAGAAAUUAGACCGGAUAUAGACACGUGUAUGUUUUUGUUUUUUGGAGUCUAUAGUUAAAGGCUCGCAUUCACCCAAAUUCCAAUACCUCUGGUGGUAUGUAGCCAUGCAGAGAUUUACUGUUAUUACUGUUAUGUACAUUUCUGCGUCCACCUUUCAGGUAAAUGGGAGUUUUGUUUGUGGUGCUCGCAGCACUGAAAAAUUUACAUUUUGAAAAUAUUCUACAUUCCAAAAAACUGUGUCCUAGGCCCUGUAGAUCACCCGCCUAAAACACCGUCAACAAUUGUCAUUGGAACUCCUUUUUGUAGUAAAGAAAUAGUCCAAAUGAAAACGGAGACAAUAUUUCUGGAAAGGAUUUGCAGCGCAACAAACAGUUGCGGCACAAAUCCUUCUGACAUCUCCAACGGACCUUUUCGAGGUGGAGCGAAACCAUCUGCUUGGCUAGAGAUUAACUAGGGGCUACUGAGAAUUUGGGUGAACCGACCCUUUUUUUAGUUGGUUGUGAAAAAUCAUGUGACUAUGAAUAAUGGAUUUUUACCAAAUAACUUCUGUGAGUGUGAGAAGACAUGAUCACAAAGCCCAGAUGGGGCAGGACAUCCGAAAUAAUGACCAACAUUACUGAUUAGGUUUGAAAAACAAUAAUGCACAUCAUUAGCUGUUUUGUCAACCUUUUGGGAGUUUACGU